GAGCAGCGAAAGCGGAAACAACUAACAGGGCGCUCCCCAGCCAGCGCUGGGACCCACCCACUGGCUGGAGGCCCUGGGGACCCGGAGACGGCCGCGCGCUGGGCCGCCGUGACUCCCUCUCUCCGGGGCGACCCCAUCCACUGCCCUCUUCAGUCUCAGGGCCAGCGCGCGGCUACAGGAGCAGCGGGGCAGCCAUGACGGAGCCCGAGGUCGCGGUCGACGACCUGGACGCCUUCAUCGACGACCUAGACUACCUCCCGGGCCACUUCCACCUGGAGAUGCAGCUGAACUUCGAGCCGCGCUCGCCGGCCCCGCUGCGCGCCCGGGACCUGAAGCUGCAGCGGGAGGUGGUGCAGCAGGAGCUGGAGCUGGUGGCCGCCCCGCAGCGGUCGGCAGUGCGUCACCUGCUGGGCGCCUUCGCCUUCUACCUGGAGGAACUGGAGGAGGCCCGCGAGCGCUUUCUCGAGGUGGUCCGUGAGGAUCCGAGCAACCUCAAUGCCUGGGCCAAUCUGGCACAUGUGUACGGGCAGCUGGGCCAGGAGGAAGAGGAGGAGGCUUGCGCCGCGCGGCUGGCGGGCCUCAUGGGCCUGGAGGCGGACCCGGAGGCACCCGGGGACCCCCAGCUCCGCGCCGCGCGCUGCCUGGCGGAGCAGGGCUACGCCCACGGCUUCGACGUGAGCUGUACCAGCCUGAAGGAGCGCGCACGGGUACUGGCAGUGGGCAUCGCGCUCUACGACAAGGCGCUGGGCUAUGGGCAGCAGAUCCCGAUGGAGGAGAAAAGGGGCUGGUACUUCACCAUGGUGACACUCCUCAUCAGGCUAGAUGGCAUCUUCCUGGAGCUGGGCAGCGAGGAGCAGAGGAGGCUGCCUGCCUUCAACCGCACGCUGGCUCUGCUGCGGCAAGUCCUCAAGUCCUCGGACCCCCGCCACCGAGCGCUGGCCUGGUGCUAUCUUGGGAUGCUGCUGGAGAGGAAAGACACCUUCUCCACCACCCCUAUGGGCAUCCACGACUGCGGGUACUCAGGGACUGACCCCCUGGACUGCUUCGGCAAGGCCAUCGAGAUUGCCAAGGACCAACCUCCCAUCCUGAAUCACCUGGCCAAAAUCUUCCACUUCCUAGGAAAGCAGGAUAUGGCCAUUGGAACCUGUAACAUGGCCCUGGAUGUCCUUCGAGAUCCAGAGCUCAACUGGCAGGCAUACUGCACAAGGGCCAAGAUCCACAUCAGAGCCUACCUGCAUGACCUGACUCGGGCCAAGAUGGGGCUUGGGGGCAUGCCCGACAGGAAACACCUGGCCUGCGCCAAGGCCGACCUCGAGGAAGUCGUCAAGGUGUGCCCCAGCCUCAGGACCUACCUGGACAUUGGCCAGGUCUACUACUACAUGGGCGUGGACGCCGUGCAGGAGCUGCUGGCGGUGGACGAGGCGGCACUCAACCAGGCGCUGGUCUUCCUGGCCAAGGCCGGCGAAUUCGAGCUGGGUGCCAUGCUGCCCGAGCUGCAGCUGCUGCGAGGCAAGUGCCUGCGCAUCAAGGGCGAGGAGGCCAACGCGGCGGCCUGCUUCAAGCGUGCCGUGGAGCUGGACGACACGGGCUCUAGCCACACCGAGGGCUUCGGCUGCCUGCUCGAGGCGCUGCUGGCGCAGUGGAGCCAGGCGCAGCUGAGCGACGGCGAGCUGGGCCGCGAGGUGGACGCCUGGCUGCGCCGCGCCCAGGGCAAGUACCCCGAGGCGUGCCUGCGCCAGGAGCUGCAGCGCGUGUGGCGCGGCCACACGGACGAGGUGCUAGGGCUGGCCGGGGCUCUGGUGGCCCAGGGACGGCCAGCGCUGGUGCGGAUGCUUUUUGAAACCAUGGAACUAGAGCGUGAGAGUGGUGGAGCGGCGCGUAGGCGCCGAGCGGACUCCUUCUGAGUUGCCGGGGGUCCAGGCUGCGGCCCCGCCCCGCAGAGGCCCCUGGCUGUUCUAGGCACUUAAGUUGGGCACCCCUGCCACCAGCAGGCUGCUUGCGGGAGCCAAUCAGAUUUCUUCUCCGAAGCUGAAAAGUGGACAUUGAGACUCUACGGCAGUUCGAGCUGCCCACUAAGGCCUGAUUGCUCGGGAUUCUUAAGAGCCACUUUCUUAAUGAGAUAAGGGAUUGCCGGGUGUGGUGGUGCUCACCUGUGAUCCCAACUAAUCGGGAGGCUGAGGCAGGAGGACAGCAAUUUCAAGCCCAGGCUGGGCGACUGAGCGAGAUCCUGUCUCAAAAAAACAAAGUCCCCUUGACUAUUGACUGCACUCUGGGGUCCUGCAGCUGGAAAAAUUUCAGAGUGGAAUCGAGGGCAAGGUUGCAAAGUGAGUGGGCUAGGGCAGGGCCUUCACUUAAACCUGGGUGCUCGGCCCUUUUUCCACCUCUCUACCAGUUUUCCAGCAGGUGUCAUUCUUGGUCUGCUUAGUCCCAAAGUCCUCCCGAACUCCUUGAAAUAGAACUCAUCAGUAGAACCUUUACUUCUCUUCUGGAGGAAAUCGAGGGACCCCACUCAUUAGGAAUGCCACCUACCCCCAAUCUUGAGCCUUCUAUGAGAGAAUGAGGGAGAACUUGGACUUUUAUGUUCUGGAAUCAUAGUCACAGAGUCUUAGAUGUGGAAUUUUGUCAGACUUGUUAGACUGUGAUAGCCGCCCCGUCGUAGGAGGGCUGAGCUAGAUUCUGUGGCCUCACACACAAGAACUAAUUUAACCCAAAAUUCCAGAUUAAGUUUUUGCCAGACUCCAGGAAUGCUGGUUGAACAUAUUUGCAAGAACCAGACCCCACGUGGUUUAUGAUUUCUUUGGCAUCUUUUCCUUUCUUUGAAGAGCUGUCCUCCCUGCAUUGCUCAUGUCCAUGGUCCUCAGACUCCACCAGGGACAGUCACACCCUUGCAUGGCAUCUCUAUAUUGCUUUUCAAAACCCUGGAACUAGAGGGUGAGA